AUGGACAACGGGUCGACCUAUCCCAACCCAUCCCGAGCCUAUCUUGACAUCAGCAACAACAGCUUCUACGGCCCCAUCAACAGCAACUUCCGCAGCAUGAUUCCUGACAACGGCGCUCUGCUCAACAUCGCGGGCAACUUCUUCUAUGGCGACCCCAUGCUCUACGCCGAUGGCUGCCAGUUCUGCCCCUCAGGAGGCAUCCAGCCCCUUACAAUACGCGCGGGAGCUAACAAGCGUGGAAAGGCGAGUCUGCGGCAGAACUGCUUCACAUUGAACAAGCAGAUGGAGUGCACGGCGAACGAGACGCAGCGCAGCAGUGACGAGUGCCUGGCAUUCUGCAGCAUGUCGCGCGAGCUGGGGCCGUGGGACGAGCACGGAGCGUGUGUGCCGCCGCAGGCGAGGGCAGCAGAGGCGCGCUUCACGUGUGAGUGCGACGACGGCUUCGUCCCCACCAACGGCACCCUCGGCUCCACCUGCGCCCGCCCUGCUCCGCCCCCUGCUGCAGGUGUGCUGCGUGAUUACCUAAGAAGGGAAGGAGAAUUUCCUGCGCUCUCCAUGGGCGCAGUGGUGGGCAUUGCUGCUGCCUUUGCUCUCCUCCUCACUCUCGUUGUCGCGCUGCUCUGGCCUCGCCAACACAGAAAAUGGAGCGACCUGGACGUGUGUCAGGAGUUCAGCAUGGGGGAGAUUCUGCGGGCAACAGACAACUGGGCAGAGGAGCGUGUGCUGGGGAAGGGGGGCUUUGCUACCCUCUACAAGGGGGUAUCCAGCAAGGGUGAGCUGUGGGCCAUCAAGCGCAAUGAGCCCAUGUCCAACGACUUCGAGAAGGAGGUGCGGGCGAUGGCGUCGCUGCGACAUGAGCACGUGGUGCGCCUGUUAGGCUUCUGCCUACAUCAGAACAUGGAGAGCGGCCAGCAGGAGCAGAUCCUCGUCUACGAGUUUGUGCCCAACAGGGACCUUAGCUACCACAUCCGUGACUCCAAAAGUAAGUCCCUCCCUCCAGACAUUCCCAGCAAAUAA